AUGAGAUCCCCAAUCUCCGCCAUCGUCCUCCUCCCGCUCGCCCUGAACGCCGCAACCGCCGCCCCGGCGGAAGACAGCAGCAGCCUCACGGCCCGCGGCAGUGGUGGAGGCAAGGAAGCCAACCCCAACCCUUGCCAGGUCCGCGUGUCCUACCCCUACUACAAGUUCCCUUGCGCGUCGAGCCCGGAGAACGGCACGUCCAUUCUCGGGGCGACGUUUACUUCGUUCUGUUACUAUGAGAACGGCGAGGAGUCCGGCAAGUGGUUCAAGACGCCCCGGGGAUGGGUUAAGGAUGAGGAUAAGCCCAGGCGGUGCGAUGGAUCGACUGUUGAGUGCGUGAUCUAG